GCCAGGCCCGUCCUGGUCGGCCGGCCCAAAAAAAAGUUGAUCCAUCGUGGUGAAGCCGCCGUGAAAUUUUCCCACCCAUUCUCGUGGCUUAUCGCAAGCAGCCCAACACCUUUGCAAGCCGCCCGAGAGCAGAUUUCAUCGCCAAUCACUCUCUCUGCGGCUGCGUCAAUUGCUUUCACGACCCCGUAGGCAUCGCAAACGGGCUUCCUCCCCUUUGCUCCGUCGCCACCACACCCCUACACCACCGGCAGGCCGUCUCACGAGCACGCGCUGCUCUCGUGCCUCCCCAUGCCCAUGUCGACAAAGCGCAAGGCGCCGGCCAAGCUGGCCGCCCCCGCGGUCCGGUCGAGCGCAAAGGUCCCCACAAAGGCCACGGUCAACGAGGCCAAGGCCUCCGUGUCAAACACCGAUGCCAUCCAGAGCUCGCAAAUGGAGACGAUAGAGAUCUCCUCGGACGAGCCCAGCGACGAGGACCUGUCGGAUGACGAGGAGGAGGACCAGCCCGCAAAGACCAACGGGGAGGCCGCGCCCGCCCCUGCCGCCGUCAAUGGCAAGCCAGCUGGCCGGGACGGUGCAGACCCCGAAGAGUCGGAUGGUGAGCCCACGUCACCCUCUUUCGGCGAACUCCUACGAGACAAUGGCGCCAUCGACGUCCCCGCGCUCCUCCAGCAGUCGAGCGCCGCCGGCAGUAACGCCGCCGUCCAGCGCCCGCGCACGGCCAUCGUGCCCCCUUCCCACCAGUCCCUCACGACGGUCCUCACUCAGGCCCUCAAGACGGACGACACCGACCUCCUCGAGUCCUGCCUCCACACCACCGACCUGACGACGAUCCGAAACACCAUCGAGCGCAUCGACAGCUCCCUCGCCGGCACGCUCCUCACCAGCCUGGCCGCCCGGCUGUACCGGCGGCCUGGCCGCGCCGGCAACCUCAUGACGUGGGUGCAGUGGACGCUCGUCUCCCACGGCGGCGCGCUCGCCUCCCAGCCCAAGGUGGUGCAGAGCCUGAGCAGCCUGCAAAAGGUGCUCGCCGAGCGGGCAAAGGGGCUUAACAGUCUCCUGGCCCUCAAAGGCAAGCUGGACCUGCUGGACGGCCAGAUGGACCUGCGGCGGAAGAUGCAGCGCGGCUCCGCCCUGCCGCAGCUGGGCGACGCCGGCGAGGACGACGAGGAUGUCAUCUGGGUGGAGGGCGAGUCUGACAACAAGGAGCCGGCCAACGGCGCGCUACGACCCCGGAGGAGACGGAACCAACACAGCGAUGACGAAGAGGACGACGAGGAUGAGACCGGCCCCCUGGCCAACGGGGUCGUAGGCGACUCCGAGGACGAGGAAGACGAUGACGACGACGAUGUCGAGGAGGACGACAGCGAGGGCGAGGACGGCGACGAGCCGCUCGACGAGGACGAGGUCGACCACGACGACGUGGAUGAGUCGAUGGGCGAGGACGAGGAGAGCGACGUCGAGGCCGCGGCGCCGCCGUCCAAGGUGCAAAAGAUGGCCCGCUCGCCCUUUUCCAAACGAAAGUGAAAAGCGGGCUGCGGGGAGGACGGCGGGUGGUGGGAGAAAGACGGGCACUGCAUUCGGCGUUGGUUCAUCUUGUAGAUUCUCUCUCGGGCUGUGCAAAUACAACGACGGCGAGUUGAUACCAGGCGUACAAGCAUAUACCUGCACAUCAGGUCAUGAUGGG